AAAGGUCUAAAGCUUAAAAAUAUUGAAUAAAUCGUGUUUAAAGAAGACGCACAAACUGAUACAAAUAGGAGGUAUCGUUAAGAGUCCACAAAAGACCAUGGCAGGCAUCAAUCGGUUUUUAUAUAUCUAUUAUAUAAAUCUCUAAAAAAAAUGCCGCUCCAGGGCGUGUCUUGAUGUUUGUCAUGUUUUUUUUAUUAAACGUUACCCCCCAAAUACUCCUACCACAAAUUUGCCGGUCGCUACAGGCGCGCGCGUCAACCAGUCUCUCUGCGGCCGUUGUGCAAACAAGUGUUUAGGACUUACUCUUAGGCAGAAUGUGCGGGGAAAUGGGCAAGGCGGUUCUGCGGGCGCUGACCGGCGCGCUGCUCUGUGGGCUCGUGUCGGACGCUGCAUAUUUGCAGAGAUACGAGCAGUACCCUAUCCGUUAUGAGCAAGCUGUAUAUCGAAAGCCCCUUCGCGAACACGAAAAGCCACAAGACUUACGCAACGUGCCGGGGAGCCCCGGCGUGGACUACCCUAUCUACCAUGAAGUUCCUGAGACUGGGUUCUCUUGUGCACAUGUGCCAGUCCACCCUGGAAUGUAUGCAAAUGUGGAGACUGGAUGUCAGGCCUACCACGUGUGCCACGACGGGCGAGAAGGCCACCAAGGAGCAUCUUUCCUCUGCACUAACGGUACCUUGUUCGACCAGGAGAAGUUCGCCUGUGACUGGUGGUACAACGUCGACUGUGGCCAGGCGAUAGCACAUUACAAAUUAAAUGCAGAUCCCCGUAAAAAUCCUUACGUACCAAAACCAAAACAUGAAGAAGAAUUAGAACAGGAAGGACCUCACGGCAUACCCUAUAAAAGUAUUUACCAUUAAAUUUAAAGUGUCAUUGUCAUUUACAUUCCUAUUGCAUCCUAGCAUCGCCCUACACUUUGGAAUCCACAAAAAAUGUUAAGUAUGUAUUAAACUUAAUGAUAGUUUAUCUCGUGCAAAAUGUAACCAUUUUCAUAUUCUCAUCUUAGUCUUAUCCCUCUUAUGUAAUAAAGAAACUCAAGGUUCUUUGGCGGAUCGGCUCGGGCACUAGUUUGUAAUAAAGAAAUUGUUAUCUGUCUUAAAAUUAAUACUACCUACUCUUACUACUCCUAGUACUUUUGUCAUUAAUUUUAUCAUAAUGUCAUUGUAAGAUUAGUAGUUAAGUAGUAAGUUUAAAAUUUUAUGAUUACCAUUCUCAUGAUUUGUCUUUUAAAUUGUGAUUACAAAUAUGUCUAAAUAGGAAAUAUAAAUCACUUUUAUUAAUAAAUCUAUGCCUAUACCUUACCUUUUAAUCUACUCAGUGUUAAUUAGUUGCUGAUUUCGGAAAGCUUUUAUUUUUUAGAUGGGAAUAAAAUGCAUUUCCAGUUUA